AGUGCUGGCCUGUGGUUCCGCUGGAGGGCGCCUCCAUGUUUGGGGGUGUACCGCACGCCUUCUCCCUCUCUGUCCCCCUCCCCCUCCCUGUCCUUAUCUUUCCCUUCUGUCUCCAUGGCGACUCACCACCUCGGCAGGCUUGCCUGCAUCCCAGCCUCUGCCAGGGAUUCUGAGUCGGGCUCCAUCCCUCCCUCCUCCGAGCUCUGCUACCCGCAGCCCUGUCUCCUCCCCCUGGGGUGAGUCCAGCAGCAGCCUCCUCUUUCCCGACUGUCACAUUUCUUUUCCAGCUCUGACCGGGAGUCAGCUCCUCAGGGAGACCAUCCCCCGACCUCACCUUCCGCCUGCUGCAGCCCGCUAGCCUUUCCGCGAGAAAAGGCAUCCUUACCUCUGGUUGAAGGUCUCGGGGCCUCCCCCUCUGCAUCCGGACCCUCUCCCCAUCCCAGCCUCCCAUGCCGAGGCCCGCCUUAUCAGUCACUUCCUUUUGUCACCGGCUUGGCAAACAGGAGAGAAAACAGAGCUUCAUGGGAAACAGUGGCAACAGUUGGUCCCAUACGCCUUUCCCCAAGUUGGAGCUGGGCCUGGGGCCCCGGCCCAUGGCGCCCCGGGAGCUCCCCACCUGCUCCAUCUGCUUGGAGAGGUUGCGCGAGCCCAUCUCGCUGGACUGUGGCCACGACUUCUGCACACGGUGCUUCAGCACACACCGUGUCCCGGGCUGCGAGCCGCCCUGCUGCCCUGAGUGCCGGAAGAUAUGCAAGCAGAAGAGGGGCCUCCGGAGCCUAGGCGAGAAGAUGAAGCUCCUGCCGCAGCGGCCUUUGCCCCCUGCGCUGCAGGAGACCUGUCCUGUGAGGGCGGAGCCACUGCUGCUGGUUCGUGUCAAUGCCUCUGGGGGCCUCAUCCUUAGGAUGGGGGCCAUCAACCGCUGCCUGAAGCACCCCCUGGCCAGGGACACCCCGGUCUGCCUCCUCGCUGUCCUGGGGGAGCAACACUCAGGGAAGUCCUUCCUCCUCAACCACUUGCUUCAGGGCUUGCCGGGCCUGGAGUCUGGUGAGGGCAGCUGGCCGAGAGGAAGAGAGGCAUCCCUGCAGGACUGCAGGUGGGGUGCCAAUGGCCUUGCCAGGGGCAUAUGGAUGUGGAGCCACCCCUUCUUGCUGGGGAAAGAAGGGAAGAAGGUGGCGGUGUUCCUGGUGGACACAGGGGAUGCCAUGAGCCCUGAGCUGAGCAGGGAAACCAGGAUCAAGCUCUGUGCUCUCACCACGAUGCUGAGCUCCUACCAGAUCCUCAGCACCUCCCAGGAGCUGAAGGAUACAGACCUGGACUAUCUGGAGAUGUUUGUCCACGUGGCCGAGGUGAUGGGCAAGCAUUAUGGGAUGGUGCCAAUCCAGCAUCUGGACCUCUUAGUUCGUGACUCAUCCCACCCCAACAAGGCAGGGCAGGGGCACAUAGGUGACAUCUUCCAGAGAUUGUCUGGCAGAUACCCCAAAGUGCAGGAGCUGCUGCAAGGGAAGCGAGCCCGCUGCUGCCUUUUGCCUGCCCCAGGGAGGCGGUGGGUGAACCAAGGCCACACAAGCCCUGGUGACACAGAUGAUGACUUCCGCCACCUUCUGGGGGCCUACGUCUCAGAUGUGCUGAGCACAGCCCCCCAGCAUGCUAAGAGCCGCUGCCAGGGGUACUGGAACGAGGGGCGCACCGUGGCCAGGGGGGACAGACGCCUGCUCACAGGGCAGCAGCUAGCUCAGGAGAUCAAGAACCUCUCAGGCUGGAUGGGGAGGACAGGGCCUGGCUUCACCUCUCCGGACGAGAUGGCUGCUCAGCUGCAUGACCUGAGGAAGGUGGAAGCUGCCAAGAGGGAGUUUGAGGAGUACGUGAGGCAGCAGGACAUAGCUACCAAGCGCAUAUUCUCUGCGCUGCGGGUCCUGCCAGACACCAUGCGGAACCUCCUCUCCACCCAGAAAGACACCAUCCUGGCCCGCCAUGGUGUGGCCUUACUCUGCAAGGGAAGAGAUCAGACCUUGGAGGCGCUGGAAGCCGAGCUGCAGGCCACAGCCAAGGCCUUCAUGGACUCCUACACCAUGCGCUUCUGUGGGCACCUGGCUGCUGUGGGGGGUGCUGUGGGGGCUGGGCUCAUGGGCCUGGCAGGUGGCGUGGUGGGUGCUGGCAUGGCGGCAGCUGCACUGGCUGCAGAGGCCGGGAUGGUGGCUGCUGGAGCUGCUGUGGGGGCCACAGGGGCUGCCGUGGUUGGGGGUGGCGUAGGCGCUGGGUUGGCUGCCACCGUGGGCUGCAUGGAGAAGGAGGAGGAUGAGAGGGUGCUGGAAGGGGACCGAGAACCCCUUCUCCAGGAAGAGUAACAGCUCCAGGAGAUGUUGAAGGACAGGAGAGAUGUGAGGUGGGGAUGAAAAAAGGGACAGGUUGGGCAAGGGUGAUGCCAGGAAUUCUGAGGAGCCCCAUGUACUAUACUGCCCUGGUUGAAUGCUCAGCGUCUGGGUGGUGGGCUGAGCUGGACUCAAGGUGGCUCCAGGAACCUGGGAGGCAGCACCUGGGGGCAAUGGAUAGAACACCUGUCCUGCUUCUGGUUGCAGAUGGUUGCUGAUCUGCCCUUGUCUCAGAUAGGCUAGAUCCCGGGGUCUGUCACCACAAGUGAGGCUCCACUCUCCCCACCUGGCUCAUUUCUCCAAUGACCCUGGAUUAUAGGAAAGUUAAGCAGGCACCAUCCUGGAAGUCUCCCUCUGGGUAGUUGAGAGACCUGUUCUUUCACAGAUGGGAGAAACCCCAGGAUGAUUGGCUGUGGUGUUCAGGAGUGGGAGCACCAAUGAGGGGCUGGGGACGACAGGAAGGAGGGAACACGGGGCAGACGGAGAGAUGGGACAUGGUAGGCAGUGGCCCAGAUCCCAGAGCAGAGAAUCUUUCUCCCAUGACUCUUCCCAAAUUUGCUCCAGCAGAACUAAGGUGGCUUCCCCACCUUCUGGCCCACAGCCCCAAGAGAACCUGUCUGUGCAUCCUGAACCACCCUGUGCUGGGCCUCCGCGAAGGCCUCUCUUGGGUCUGUGCCCUUUUUCAAGCCUGUUCAGACGGGGGAGUGCCCAUGUCCUCUGUCUUGCAUUCUGAGCUAAGCCAGAUAGCCUUUAUAUGGGAUUCUAUCAAAGUCGCACAAAGGAGAACAAAUGAACAACGUCUAUCCUUCAAGACAUGCUUUCUCCCCUGGGCUUGGAAGAAGAUGCAGCUCCUCAAACACCAGGCCCCCCGGAUCUUGGGGUACAGGAGUUCUCCCUCUGGGAGACAGAAAAUCUGACUACUAGGAAGACUUCUAGGCUAUGAAACUUACAGGGUAUGGGUGGGUAUAUUAUCCUUUAUUUUAUGAAAAAUAAAAUGUGUGUAUGUGAA